GCCAAAGCAUGGGGCCAACAGAGGCCAUUGAUGCAAAGACGGCAAGGUUGCAUAUUUUCUCCGAUUCCCAUAUCCCGGAUUAUCCGCAUUAAUAAGACUGAAGCUCAUUGAAGAUAGAUAACAAUUCUUAAUUUAUUGAUUCAACCAAAGAUCUCAUCUCGGCAGAUCGGGGUAGCAAUGGCUCUUUUAGGCAGUUGCAAAGAAGUUGUUGAAUCUCUUCAUGGCAUUGUAGAUUAUGACAUGACAACAGAAAAAGCAGAAUCAAAUUGUACAACUACAAAAAAUACUGUUGGGUUUGGUGGAAAACAUGGACUCCAUCCUAAUAAUGAAGUUUAUGAGCUCCUAGAGUGUCCUGUCUGUACAGAUUUAAUGUACCCUCCAAUUCACCAGUGCCCAAAUGGACACACUCUUUGUUCAAAUUGCAAGAUUAGAGUGAGAAACUGUUGCCCCACAUGCCGCAAUGAUCUUGGAAACAUAAGGUGUUUAGCUUUGGAGAAAGUUGCAGAAUCCUUGGAGCUUCCGUGCAAAUACCAGAGCUUUGGCUGUCAAGAUAUUUUCCCAUAUCAUAGCAAGUUGAGGCAUGAGCAACACUGUCAUUUUCGUCCAUAUGAUUGCCCUUAUGCUGGGUCUGAGUGCUCUGCCACAGGCGACAUCCCAACUCUUCUUGCUCACCUUAAGGAUGAUCACAAAGUUGACAUGCAUAAUGGGUGUACCUUCAACCAUCGAUACGUCAAACCAAGUCCACAUGAAGUUGAAAAUGCCACAUGGAUGCUGACAGUAUUCAACUGUUUUGGAAGACAAUUCUGCCUGCAUUUUGAGGCUUUCCAGCUUGGCAUGGCACCAGUGUAUAUGGCUUUCUUACGUUUUAUGGGUGAUGACGAAGAGGCAAAAAAGUUCAGUUAUAGUUUGGAAGUUGGUGCCAACGGCCGCAAACUAACAUGGCAAGGGAUUCCCAGGAGCAUCCGUGACAGUCACCGGAAAGUCCGUGACAGCCAAGAUGGACUCAUCAUCCAAAGGAAUUUGGCACUAUACUUCUCAGGUGGGGAUAACCAGGAGUUAAAGUUGAGGGUAACUGGUCGAAUAUGGAAGGAAGAAUGUGACUGAAACUGAUAAAAGAAGUUAGGUGACUUUGUACAGCUUCAAAGAAUUCUAUGUUUUCACUCCCUCGCACUGCAAAGGAUGAAGUUUUCAUGAUCAUUACGAAUCUCUGAUUGGGGCUUCUCUGUUGUUGUGUGUAUGCUCUAUAUUUUGCUUGUAAUAGGUCCUUGACGGUCGAAUCUAGCCGCUGAUUGCUGCCUAGUAUGAGAAAUGAUAAUAUCACAUGGUUCAAUUUGGUUGCUUAAUUAUGGAAGAGGGUGGUGUUAUAGGGUUAAUU